CCUGUAGAGUUGCGGUUGGAUGGCAGGCAUCUACCGGGAUGACACGUAACUGAAGUUAAAGGUGCCAUGCAGGCCUCGUUUGCGACGUAAAACUUCACUUUUUCCGCAAAACUUAUGUUAGUCGUGUUAGGGAAGCAACCAUCUCCAAGGAAAAAAAGGAGUGAGUCGUUUUUCAUUAACCGUGACUCGUCAAGUCAAAAUUCUGAGCGGCCACUUUGGUGCACACGGAGGAAAACUACGAAUGACGGUUGUCGUCUGAAAGUAAUGUUCACGCCAGUCCAUGUCUCGCUUUUAACUUAUUUGCUCUGCGUGGAAAAUGUUCCCGAACUGAGGGGCGAGGUGGAAAGUUGAGUCGGGAAGUAGCAGACACGGGGCUUACUCGCACAGGAGGCGGGGAGGGGCGCGGGUCCAACAUGGGGAACGGGGUUUGUUCGCGAAGGCAGCGGAGGAUCUUCCAAUGUCUCCUGCUGGUGACGGUGGUCUGCGGGCUGAUGUACGGUGGUAUGAUAUCCUACGAGAUGCACAAGCAGUUGAAGAGGACAGAGGCCAUGGCGCUCAAGUACCAGCAGCACCAAGAGUCACUGUCGGCGCAACUCCAAGUGGUGUAUGAGCAUCGCUCCAGGCUGGAGAAGUCUCUUCAAAAGGAGAAGUUGGAGCACAAAAAAGCCAAAGAAGAUUACCUGGUUUAUAAACUUGAAGCACAACAAUCACUGAACAAGGAAAAGCAAGACUCCAGCAGCAGAAUCAGCUCAUUACAAGUUCAACAUCAAAUGUUAAAGAACCAGCACGAUGACUUAAAAAAGCAGUAUUACGACCUGCAGGAGCAGCAUCAAAUGCAGGGAAAUGAUCACAGUCGGCUGCUGGAUGAGCACAGAGACCGCUACGAUAAACUGCAGCACGUCAAAGAGGCGGAGGUGGCCCAGCUGAAAGACAGCUUGUAUAACCUGAGAGAGGAAAAUAAACAGCUCAGGAAAGCCCACCAUGACAUUCACAUGCAGCUGCAGGAUGCACAGGUAAGACAUCAGGACCUGAAGACGGCACACGAUCAGAUUGCACUGACACUGGAAGACCACAAGAACGCACUAGCAGUAGCUCAGGUGCAAGUGAAUGAAUAUAAAGAGCUGAAGGAGUCCCUGAAUAAGGCAGCAGACAACAGACAGCCUCAGCCAAGUCUUGUGUUCCAGAAACCAGAUCACAAUCCCCAGCAGGCUGCCAUAUUGGAUACACCCGUCCUAAAAGAUCACCAUGACACAGAGUCUAGGUUGGACCAGCAAGAAGAGGAGGCCCAAGCUCAGUCCGAGGUCCAGUCUCACCCCACUAUGUCCCAGCAUAGCUUGGAGGAGGGAGAGGCAGAGAGAAGGCGGGAGCUGGCAGAGGAGGAGAUGGCUCAAGCCGGCCAGCCUCAAAAAUUAGAGGAGGAGGACCAGGACCAGCGGCCAGAUGAGGAGGAGCAGGAAGACAAUGAGGAAGGCGAUACAAAAUUGGAACAGCCAGAUGAGAACGCCUUACACAGCCAUAUACAUCAACCACAAAAAGUGGCCGAUCCACAACAUGAGCCGCACAUUCAGGAGGUGGGUGCUAAGUCUGCUUAUGAGCAGCAGCAGGAGCAGCAACGCCUGGAGGCUCAGAGGGCCAAAGAGCGCCAGCUGAUCCAGAUGCAACAGGACGCCCUGCAGGCCCAGAGAGAGAGGGUGCUGAGGGAGAGGGAGGUGAGGCUGAAGGACGAGCAGGAGCGGGAGAAGCAGCAUCAUCAGGAGGCGGACCGACGGGAGCAGCUGCUAAGACAGGAGCACCAAAGGAAGAAGGCCGAGUAUGAAAACCUGGACCAUGACAUAGUCCAAGGUGAAGAGGAGCACCCUGCUGACAAUGAAGAAGAGAAACACGCUCAUCUGUUACACGAGGACAAAGUGAAGGUGCCUCAACAUCAGCAGGUUGCCAUCGACGGCAGGGAACUGGACCCCGAAGAUGACCCCAACAACCAGGGAGAGGACGAGUUUGAGGAGGCUGAGGACGAGCAGUCCCAUCACCGGGAUAAUGAAGUGGAUGAGGUUGUGGAGGAUGAAGUGGAAGAGGAGGAGCCGGCAGCACACGGCCAGCACAAAGACUCACACCCAGACCUCCAGCAUCCUGCUAUGGAGGACGAGCUGGUGAUUGCUGGAAACCCAGAUCAGCAGGAGGACAAUCUGGAUGAGCAGUACCAGGAGGAAGCAGAUGAGGAGGCUCAGGAGGACAUAGCUGGUGGGGAGAAGAAAGAGAAACACGACCAAGGAGAGGAGGAAGGAGAUGAUACUUACAAUGAGGAGGAGAACAUGGAACAGGUGGGCUAAAAUGGACCACACAGAGAAGACACCCACGGCAAAGACGCAGAGAACAUUGAGGAGGAGAAUUACGAGGAGGAGGAAGGAGACGAGGGAACCGAUCGACGAGCCGAGAUGUAAGACGAUAAGCAGCUGCUCACCGAGCGUCUUCCUCCUCGUUUCCAAAAAGGAAGACCACAGCCGUCCUGUCAAGACUCCAAGAAGGUCAGUUGGAGAUGUGACAAGACUGAUGAUGGAACCGAUCCGCUUUACACUGUGCAAUGGGACAGAAUUUUAAAUGCGGAGAUGAUUUCGUAAGAUGCUCAUUGUUUUCAUUUGUGGCUUCAGUGUCUACUGUCCUGAUGGCCCUUUAAAUCCCACACAUACAGAGAAUGUAAUUUUAUCAAGAUAUUUGUAAAGCAAGCCAACAUAAAUUAAUGUUAUUCUGAUGUUAAAAAGACAGAAUGGACAUCCUGCUUUCUAAUCAGUCAACAUGUCUUCAUUUAUUUAUUCUUCAUUGAUUGUGACGCCUCUGACAAUCAAAAAAAAAUGCAACUUUUACCCCUUUUUGUUUACCAGUUUCAUGACACUGAGAUAAGAGCUGCAUUCUGCACUAACCGGUCCAAAAAGCUAUUUCCGUGUCAUGUCAGCAUGUGCCUUUCCAUUCCCACAUUCCCAGAGUUCUUAGGAGAGAAGUUGUACAGGUUGUAGACCAGCCAAUGUUUUCCUGCCUUACUGUAAAAUACAUUGUUUGCUAUAUUACAAGUUUACUGAUGAUCCA